CUGCGUUUGCUUGCGGGAGUCAAGCUCUCCCUCUUCAAAUUUCAAUAUCUCGUACAGAGCCGGCCAGAGAGAGACUAUCAUGUCAUAUCAGAUUACGAAGCUUUUGCUUUUGGUAUUGCAUACUCAUAUACGAGUGCUUAAACGAUUUUAAGCAGCACGUAACCCACAAGCUGUGAUAUGAUGAUAAGGACGUGUGCAAGCAAUCCUCAGUGUGGAAUCCACCCACACCACAGAAACCUCUGAACCAUGUGGGUUAUACUUAUAAGGAGCCUUUUAGAUUCAAUACCCUCAUGAGUUUCUGACUGAAGAAGAAUCAGAAACCCUUGUGAGAAUCAGAGGCCUUAUAAGAAUGAGCAAGGAAAGCAGAGAGAUAGAGAAGGACGCGACCUCGUCGUCUUCCUCUUUCUCAACGUCACCUGCGAGCAACAUGAAGACCGGUGCUAGAAUUUCCGAUAAAGACAAAGCAAUUGCUCAGUACAGCGCGGACGCAGGGAUUUUGGCAGAGUAUGAGCAAUCUGGUGUGUCGGGCAAGUCGUUCGAUUACUCAAGGUCGAUUCUUGAUGCUCCGAAAUCCGUGUCGGACGAGAAAAUGACGGCUUACUUGUCAAGAAUCCAAAGAGGUGGUCUUGUUCAGCCAUUUGGUUGUAUGCUUGCGAUUGAAGAACCCACUUUUCGGAUAAUUGGGUACAGUGAGAAUUGUCUUGAAAUGUUGGGUUUAAACGGAAAAUCUCAUUCAAAACGAUUUGUUAGUCUGAUUGGAGUUGAUGCUACUACUCUCUUCACGCCUUCUUCUGGGGCUUCCCUUGCAAAAGCUGCAGCGUCGAGGGAAAUUUCGCUUCUGAACCCCAUUUGGGUCUGUUCCAGAACAACACAGAGGCAUUUUUAUGCUAUAAUGCAUCGGAUUGAUGUGGGAAUUGUAGUUGAUUUGGAGCCUGCAAGGUCUAGUGAUCAUGCAUUGUCACUUGCAGGCGCCGUACAGUCUCAGAAACUAGCUGUACGGGCAAUUUCAAGGCUGCAAUCUCUUCCUGGGGGAGAUAUUGGAGCUUUGUGUGAUGCUGUUGUUGAAGAAGUUCAAAAGCUCACUGGAUAUGACAGGGUUAUGGUUUAUAAGUUCCAUAAGGAUGAUCAUGGGGAGGUUGUGUCUGAAAUCAGAAGGUCGGAUUUAGAGCCCUUUUUGGGUUUGCAUUACCCUGCCACGGAUAUCCCUCAAGCUGCUCGCUUCUUAUUCAAGCAAAACCGAGUCAGGAUGAUUUGUGAUUGCCAUGCAAAACCAGUUAAGGUGAUUCAAAGUGAAGAGUUAAGGCAGCCUCUCUGCUUGGUCAAUUCUACCCUUAGGUCACCACAUCAAUGUCACGCACAGUACAUGGAAAAUAUGGGCUCAAUUGCUUCUCUGGUUAUGGCUGUUAUUGUCAAUGGAAACGAUACCACAAAGCUAUGGGGAUUGCUCGUUUGUCACCACACCUCACCGCGUCAUGUCCCUUUCCCACUUCGCUAUGCUUGUGAGUUCUUAAUGCAGGCUUUUGGAUUGCAGCUCCACAUGGAGAUGCAAUUGGCAUCGCAGAUGGCAGAGAAGAGAACUCUUAAAACCCAAACCUUACUAUGUGACAUGCUCCUUCGUGAUGCUCCUUCUAGUAUUGUCACCCAAUCUCCUAGUAUAAUGGAUCUUGUGAAGUGUGACGGUGCUGCACUGCUUUUUGGUGGAAGCUGUUGGCUAUUAGGCACAACCCCAACUGAGUCACAGGUAAAAGACAUUGCAGAAUGGCUACUUAGUAGUCAUGGGGACUCAACUGGUUUGAGCACAGAUAGUUUGGCUGAUGCUGGUUACCCGGAUGCUGCUUCACUGGGGGAUGCAGUUUGUGGCAUGGCAACAGCGAGGAUCAAUUCAAGGGAUUUUUUGUUCUGGUUCAGGUCGCAUGCUGCUAAGGAAAUCAAAUGGGGAGGAGCCAAGCACCACCCAGAGGAUAAAGAUGAUGGAGGAAAGAUGAACCCUAGACUUUCAUUUAAAGCAUUUCUUGAAGUAUUAAAAAGCAAAAGUGUGCCAUGGGAAGCGUCAGAAAUCAAUGCUAUUCACUCUUUACAGCUUAUAAUGAGAGAUUCAUUCCAAGAUGCAGAGAACUGUGGUCCUAAGGCUCUAACUCAUGUGAAGCAAGAGGACACUGAUAUGGGCGGGAAUGGGAUAGAAGAACUCAGUUCAGCGGCAUUUGAAAUGGUCAGAUUGAUUGAAACAGCAACAGUUCCAAUUUUUGGUGUUGAUUCAGCUGGUAUAACCAAUGGGUGGAAUGCAAAAAUUGCCGAACUAACAGGUCUGCAAACCAGCGAAGCUAUGGGAAAAUCUCUUGUAAAUGAAGUUGUGGUUGAGGACUCACGGGAAACCGUUGAUAAUAUUCUAAAAAGAGCCCUGGAAGGUCAGGAGGACAAAAAUGUUGAGUUGAAGUUGAAACACUUUGGUCCGCAUCAGCAAAAAUCAGUUGUGUAUAUUAAGGCAAAUGCUUGCACAAGUAGGGAUUACAAAAAUGCUGUUGUUGGGGUCUGCUUUGUGGGUCAAGACAUCACUCAUGAGAAAUCUGUUCUGGACAAAUUUAUCAAGUUGGAAGGUGAUUACAAAGCAAUCAUACAGAGUCCCAAUCCACUAAUCCCACCCAUAUUUGCUUCAGAUGAGAAUGCCUGUUGCACUGAAUGGAAUGCAGCCAUGGAAAGGCUAACUGGUUGGAAAAGAGAUGAAGUUAUUGGGAAAAUGCUUCCCGGGGAGAUCUUUGGAGGUUUGUGUCGAUUAAGAAGUCAAGAUUCACUUACGAGUUUCAUGAUUUUAUUAUAUCAAGGAAUCAGUGGCCAAGAUUCUGAGAAGUUGCCAAUAAGAUUUUUCAACAGAAAGGAGGAACUUGUGGAGGUUUGCUUGACAGCGAACAAGAGGAUUGAUGCAGGUGGUAAAAUAAUUGGCUGUUUCUGUUUCUUGCAGAUUGUACCGCCAGACCCGCAACAGCCCUCAGAAGAACAAAGGCCACAAUGCAGAGGAAGGCCUUCUGAGUUUAGGGAAUUGGGCUAUAUAUUACAAGAGAUAAAGAAUCCUUUAAAUGGUUUGCGUUUUGCACAAAAAUUACUGCAAAAUACAGCUGUCUCAGAAAAUCAGAAACAAUUUCUUGAUACUAGUGAUGCUUGUGAGAGACAAAUUAUGACAAUUAUUGAGGAUGCGGAUUUUGGAAGUAUUGAUGAAGGAACUUUGCAGCUAAAAAUAGAAGAGUUUUUUCUGGGAAAUAUCCUAGAUGCCAUUGUCAGCCAAGUCAUGAUCUUGAUAAGAGAAAGAAACUUGCAGCUCUUUCAUGAAAUUCCUGAUGAAAUUAAAACGCUUACUCUAUUCGGUGACCAAAUAAGGCUUCAAGUGGUCUUGUCUAACUUUUUGAUCAAUUUGGUUUGCCACACACCAUCUCCCAAUGGCUGGGUAGAAAUAAAGAUUUCACCUGGGCUGAAGAUAAUACAGGAUGGAAGUGAGUUUAUUCAUCUGCAGUUCAGAAUGACCCAUGCCGGUCAAGGUCUUCCUUCUGAAAUUCUUCAGGAAAUGUUUGAAGGUGGGAAUAAAUGGACUACACAGGAAGGUCUAGGGCUAUACAUGUCAAGAAAAAUCCUCAUUAGGAUGAAUGGCCAUGUCCACUAUGUAAGAGAACAGAACAAGUGUUACUUCCUCAUUGAUAUUCAGCUUAGAACAAGAAAAGAAAGCCAGAGGAUUUCUCAGGCGGCAGAGACAAGCAUGUCAUCUUAGAUUUGUUCACCUGAUGAUGCUCCUCACAGUCAUCAGCAAAUAAGUCUCUAACCCAGCUUGGGGAACUGGCAGAUUUCUGAUAAGCACCGACUUUUAAUUCUGGGUUCAACUAUGAAGCAUCAGUAUCUAAACAAUAAAGUUGUAUAGUGUUCAAUAUGCAUUCGACUCUUGUCUGAGCCAUGGGGCAACACUUUAGAUUAUACUUGGAGAAAGUGUCAUAUCCUAAUUUGAAAUCUGUAAAUAUCAAAGUUUUUUUCUGUGAU